GGCGCCGCCAGCCCCACCAUGGCUGCGCAGUGUGCGGAGGACCCCUCGUUGGAAAGGCAUUUUAAGGGCCACCGAGAUGCAGUUACCUGUGUGGACUUCAGUCUCAAUACAAAGCAGCUGGCCAGUGGCUCCAUGGACUCGUGCCUCAUGGUCUGGCACAUGAAGCCCCAGUCACGUGCCUACCGCUUCACCGGUCAUAAGGAUGCCGUCACCUGUGUGAACUUCUCCCCAUCUGGACACCUGCUUGCCUCAGGCUCCCGAGACAAGACCGUCCGCAUCUGGGUACCCAACGUCAAAGGUGAGUCAACCGUGUUUCGUGCACACACAGCCACAGUGAGGAGUGUCCACUUCUGCAGUGAUGGCCAGUCCCUCGUGACAGCCUCUGAUGACAAGACAAUCAAGGUGUGGUCGACUCAUCGCCAGAAAUUCCUGUUCUCUCUGAGCCAGCACAUCAAUUGGGUCCGCUGUGCCAAAUUCUCUCCAGAUGGACGGCUCAUCGUGUCUGCUAGUGAUGACAAGACUGUCAAGCUGUGGGACAAAAGCAGCCGGGAGUGUGUCCACUCGUACUGUGAGCAUGGCGGCUUUGUCACCUAUGUGGACUUCCACCCCAGUGGUACGUGCAUUGCUGCUGCUGGCAUGGACAACACAGUGAAGGUCUGGGAUGUGCGGACUCACCGUCUCUUGCAGCAUUAUCAGCUGCACAGCGCAGCAGUGAAUGCCCUGUCUUUCCACCCAUCCGGAAACUACCUGGUCACAGCCUCCAGUGACUCGACCCUGAAGAUUCUGGACCUGAUGGAGGGCCGGCUGCUCUAUACACUCCACGGGCAUCAGGGACCAGCUACCACUGUUGCCUUUUCAAGAACGGGGGAGUAUUUUGCUUCUGGAGGCUCUGAUGAACAAGUGAUGGUUUGGAAGAGUAACUUUGAUGUUGUUGAUUAUGGAGAAGCCAUUAAAGUGCAAAGGCCCCCAGCCACAUUGACCAGCUCUGCCGGGAAUUUGCCAGAAGUGGAUUUCCCCAUCCCUCCGGGCAGAGGCAGGAAUGUAGAGUCGGUGCAGAGCCAGCCCCAGGAGCCUGUGAGCAUACCCCAGACACUGACCAACACACUGGAGCACAUUGUGGGCCAGCUGGAUGUCCUCACACAGACAGUCUCCAUCCUGGAGCAGCGACUGACACUGACAGAAGACAAGCUGAAGCAGUGUCUGGAGAACCAGCAACUAAUCAUGCAGAGAACAACACCGUGAUCAGGGGAGCAAGAAUCAGGAACUUGGUCAAUUUGGGGGUGGCAGGCCAGGGAUUUUUACUGUGGGACUUGGAUAAAACAAUAAAGGGGAUUCAACUCUUUGGGAAUCACAUCCGUACCAGAGCCCCAGGGAUAUGCAGUGCUGCCUUCCACUUUGCCGUUUGUACCAGGAGGCCCUCCAUCUAGCAGCCAGAGGCCCCAGUGGGCAGGACUCACAUAAAAAGAUGCCUAAGACCUGACUGCCAGGACCACAUUUUGCUUAAUGUGAAGGAGCCACUUGGAAAUGCUUGCUACCUUGGAGUCCUAAGAUGGCAGCCUCCCCAGCCCCUGCGCCAGAGGAGGUGGUCCCAAACACCCUGCUUUUCACUCACCUUACUGCUGAGACUUGGGACUGGCUUUUCCCACCCCUGCCAUGGCUUAGAAAUUGGUCUGCUCUUUGGUUGGAUGAGCCAGGAGUUUUCUCUAAAGUGGGGCCUAUGUGAGUCAGGUCCAUCCAGGAACAAGCCCUCUGGAGUAGGGGAUGGCUUUGCAGUGGUUUUGAUUUCUGUUCCACACAUGUCCUCUGGGGCCUGGUGGCUUCCUUCUCCUUGCAUGAGUGAGGGCAAAGGAAUCUGAAAAUUAAAGCUGACUUUAUUGCACUUCUUGCAGGAAUGGCUU